AUGAUUGUGCGAGACUUGCUUCACGCACCAGGUUCCCGUCGCAGGGACUCGGUUCAGCUGCCGUGCUCCACUGUUUUUGCGGAGGGACGAAGUGGGAGUGCUGAUCGGUUAGGGGAAGUGGGCCCUCUGGUCUUUGGCAGUGUCGCUGUCGGCACAGUACAGCCGAGUAUGUCGCGGAUAUGGUGUUUCACCGAUUGUGAGGGUAGACGGAUGUGGAUCGGUGCUUCGAGUAUCAAGUGCUAUGAUAAGUGUGAGCUCUGA